AUGGAAGAUGUAUUGUCUCGCCCUUGGGCUCAAGUAAGAUGGGAAGAAGAUGUUGCAAGUAGAGCAAAGGCUUACCCAAAGCACGAUCAGAAGUCCUCAAAGCCAACUAGGAACGAUCGCGAUGAGUCCUUCCAUCCCAAGUCAGCUAAGGAGACUAGCAAUCCAGGCAGGGGCAGAUAUCAAAACCGUCCUUUGCCUAGAUCCGAAGGAAUGAUGGUAUCCACAUGGCCUGAUAUCUCUCAUCUUGCAAUAACAAAGCCGGAGCUGAUCGGUGUUCUACGACACCCUAAGAUGAAGGCCUCUGAGGCUAACCGAAAUCCUAAACAGUGGUGUGAAUUCCAUAGCGAUCAUGGCCACACUAUGGAGGAUUGUAUAGCCCUGAAGAUAGAAGUCGCCGAGCUUCUCAAGAAAGGCCACCUGAGAGAGUUCCUCUCGGAUAAGGCCAAGAACCUUCUGAAUAAAGAAGGUCCCGGUCUUCCUACCGAAGCGGCUCCCGCGUUUCCACCACAACAAGACCGGGUGAUCCAUGUCAUCCCAGGUGGAUCGGAAGUAAGUGGAAUCAGCAGUGCUGCUGCCAAGAGAAGUACUCGCAAUGGCAGGAACAGCCAAGAGGCCGAGGGUCCUAAGCGCUUACUCCUAGGAACAGAUGAGAUCAGCUUCACUGCAAGAGAACAGGAGAGGGUCCUAGCUCCUCACCACGACGCCCUUGUUAUUUCACUUACCAUAGCGAACUGCUUGGUCAAGCGAAUACUGGUGGACAAUGGGAGCUCCAGUAACAUUAUCUUCCACUCAGCCUACGCCGAUCUAGGGCUGGAACCUAAGGCCCUAACGAGAAAGGCGACCCCUCUUGUAUGCUUCAGUGGAGAGGAAGGCCUUGGAGCCACGCAUGGGAGCCGUGCCUUCGACUCUGCAUUAACUGGUUAA